GUGCCACUUUCAGGUCUCCUCACACUGCUGGUGUGUUCAAUUUUUUGUCAUAGGGUGCUGGCAGAUUACGGGCCUCCCAUAGCUGCUGCCAGGCCCCUAAUCUGCCAUGGGCCCCUAUACCGCCUCCUCAUGCUGCUGCCAGGUCCAGAGUCUCUCAUGGGUCCCUGUACGGCCUCCCAUUGCUGCUGUCUCCAUCGCCACACUCUGCCAUGUGCCACUUUCAGGUCUCCUCACACUCCUGCUGGUUUCCAUUUUGUCAUAGGUUGCUGUAUGGCCUCCCAUUGCUGCUGCCUCCACCGCCACACUGUGGCUCCAAACACUGGUUUUGGCCCCGUGACUGGCCAAAUGAGUGAAGUGUGUGCGGUGAUUCUAAGAUCGACGGCACUCAUCUGCAUGUCAUAC